CGAACAAAUCACCAGUUAUAGAAUUUAACGAAAUGUUUCAAAAACUAGUUGUAGCCGUUCUUUUGACAAUUGCUCUUGCGGGUGAUUCGUUAGCUGAUAAACAGCGUAUAGUUGGAGGCCAGAAUGCUGUUGCAGGACAAUUUCCUCAUCAAAUUUCUCUUCGCCGUAACAAACAGCACACUUGUGGUGGUUCAAUUAUUUCCAACAAAUACGUUCUAACCGCUGCUCAUUGUGUAGUUCAAAGUGGAAUUACUCCCUACCCAGCCAAUCAAUUCUCAAUUUAUGCUGGAUCAAUUAACCGUGUAUCUGGAGGUGUUGAAGUUGCCGUUGCUAAAAUUAAGGUCCAUGAGAAAUAUGGCAAUUUCUUGAACGAUCUUGCUGUUUUAACUUUGGCUAACAAACUUACGUUUAAUAAGAACAUUGCACCAAUUGCAUUGCAAAACAAGGAAAUUCCACAUGAUGCUAAGGUUUUGAUUUCAGGAUGGGGAAGACUUUCAACUAAUGGAGACAUUCCAAUGCAAUUGCAAUACAACACUUUGAAUGCAGUCAGCGAGAAGAAGUGCUUUACCCUCAAUCCAAGUUUGAAUGAUGAUUCGCUUUUAUGUUUGGCUCACGAGAAAAACAAUGGCGCAUGCAAUGGUGACUCUGGUGGUCCAGCUACUUACCAAGGCAAACUGGUUGGCGUUGCUGGUUUUGUUGUUAUGGGAUGUGGAAGUAGGAAUCCUGAUGGUUAUGCCAAGGUUUCCCAUCAUGUCCAAUGGAUCCAGAAGAAUUCAAUUUAAUAAUGUGUAAAAUGAGUGCUUUCUAGAGAAAUAAAAAGAACUUUUGAGAAAAACCAUAAA